AUGUCGAGCUUAAUCGUACAAUGGUUGAUGACGCGGAAUCCUCCUCCCAUGAGCCCGCUGAAUCGCCGCGAAUAUGACUCGGCAAGCAGUGUGGACGCCAACUCCGCCAACUCAGCAGCUGGCUCAUGGAUCAUCGAUCCAUUGCCCUCGCUGCAGAGGGGCGGUCUCAUCGCCAUUGCCUCUCUUUUGUGUUUCUUCACCUAUCGUUUCAUCUUCUGGAAAAAGUACUACAAACGCUACAUUGGAUACAACCAAUAUGUCGUUCUCAUGUACAAUCUCGCCCUCGCUGAUUUCAUUCAAGGAUUGGGAUUCAUUGUCAGUCUGCGAUGGAUCGACCAGAACUCCAUUCAUGCCGAGGACCCGGGAUGUUUCUUGCAGGGAAUUUGGCUUCAGAUCGGUGAUCCUAUGAGUGGAGUUUUCGUGCUCGCAAUCGCUUUGCACACAUUUUUGCAGGUCAGCUUCGGUCGACAGGUUAGCCACCGCGUCUUUGUAUCCAUCGUGGUCGGGUUGUGGAUAUUUGGAGUGAUCUUGGUUAUCAUUCCGAUCGCUGCCCACGGAUCCCACGUAUGGAUGCCUUCUGUGGGAUGGUGUUGGAUGACCACGCAGCACCCCGUACUCCGUCUUUGGACUCAUUAUAUCUGGAUUUUCACCGCUCAAUUCCUGAACCUCGUUUUAUACGCCAUUAUGUUCUUUCAACUCCGACGCAAGAUCUCUCAAUCCAAGAUUCUGGGAAGCAGCUACACGGAAAGUCUCAAGCGCCUGAACCGAGUCGUUUCAUACAUGGUCCUGUACCCGAUCGCAUAUAUCGCCUUGACACUGCCGUUGUCUGCCGGGCGCAUGGCAUCCGUUAGUGGCCACUCACCGAGUGUGGCCUAUUUCUGCGUUGCUGGUGCUUUAAUGACACUGUCUGGAUUCUGCGACACUCUCCAAUACACUCUGACCCGCAAGAGUAUCGUUUUGGAAUCGGAGAUCGAAUCGAAACGAGAGGAUGGUUACCACGACCUUUCAAGCCACAAGAAAUCACGCUUUGGAACCGCUGGAGGUUUCUCGCAGAAGUCGAACGAUAAGGGACCCAUCUCGACGGUCUGCGCUGCCCAUACUGGCAAUGACUCUACCGAAGCAAUUGUGCCGGGCGGCGAUGUUGAACUUGCCAACGUCGACCAUGUGUAUCAGCAUACAACGAUCACAGUGACUCAUGAACCAGCUUAUCGCUAA